AUGCAGAAGGGCUGGAAGAAGUACUUCGGGCAGAAGUCCUUCAGCGAGGUGGCCAUGGACGAGUACCUGGGCAGCCUGGGGCUCUACCGCAAGAUGACGGCCAAGGACGCCUCCUGCCUCUUCCGAGCCGUCUCGGAGCAGCUGUUUUCAUCUCAAAUUCAUCACAUGGAAGUUAGGAAAGCUUGUGUCUCAUUUAUGAGGCAACACCAGCAUAAGUUUGAAUCUUAUGUGGAAGGAUCAUUUGAGAAAUACCUUGAACGACUAGGAGAUCCAAAGGAAAGUGCUGGCCAGCUGGAAAUGAGUGCUUUAUCAGUGAUGUACAAGCGAGACUUCAUUCUGUACCGGUACCCUGGAAAGCCACCCACUUAUGCUACAGACAAUGGCUGUGAAGGCAAGAUUUUACUGUGUUGUUCCGGCAACGGCCACUAUGACUCUGUGUAUACAAAACAAUUCCAGGAAAAUGCUGCUAUUUGCCAGGCUGUAUUAUACAAGAUCCUGUACAAAGAUGUGUUUGGCAUGGAUGAGGAAGAAUUAAGGUCUGCAGUUGAGGUGUUUCGAAGUGGAUCCAAGAAGAACAGAAACAGUGGCUCUGUAGGAAAUGAGGAUGCAAACUUUGAUUGUCUUCAUGAAAAAGUAUCCCGAAAUCCAUCAGAAAAGAGAGUGGAUGACUGGGAAGGCAAUGAUACUGACAAUCCACAGGAAGAUAAGUUCAAACAAGGCAUUGAAGAAGAAAAGCCUCCAGAAAAUCCAUCAAAGAUGCCUGUUCCUUAUAAGGUGCUAAAGGCACUGGACCCUGAGAUCUAUCGAAAUGUGGAGUUUGAUGUUUGGCUGGACAGCAGAAAAGAGCUUCAAAAAACUGACUACAUGGUGUUUGCUGGGAGACAGUACUAUUUAGGAGACAAGUGUCAGGUACGGCUGGAGCCUGGAGGUAAGUAUUACAAUGCUCAUAUCCAGGAAGUCGGACAGGAUGGCAACACGUUGACUGUAUUUGUUGAGGAGCUGGCAGAAAAGCAUACAGUUCCUUUGGCAAACUUAAAACCAGUGACACAAGUGGCGCCUGUCCUUGCUUGGAAUAUGGUUCCCAGCCGCAAAGGAGGAACCUAUCAGAAAAUAGCAGGUGGAUACUUCACAGGAAUAGAAAUGGAUAUGAAAACACGGAAGAGAAUGCUUAAGAAGGUUCGUGGAAAGGAAGUCUUUAUGACUGUGGCUUAUAGCAGGGGUCAGCCAGUUCUUCCACCCCGGCUACAGCACAGUGUUCCUUCGGGGCGCUCUCCUCCAGUUCACUGCUCACAGGGUGGUGGAAAUAUGGCACCUUAUGAACCCUAUCAUCCUCAGAAUCCUCCUCAGAGACAUAACCGUGGAUUUGGGAUGCCAAGGGGAUCUGCCCGAUUUAUAAACAGGCACAACAUGGUUGGCCCUCAAAUAGCAUUCUACCCCAGUCCAGGAAAGAGAUGUUAUCAGAGCUAUGACAAUUUCUCCUGCAGGUCCUGCACGUACAAUCGUAGCCGCCGUCAGAUGCAGUGUGUGAAUAAGGAAUGUCAGUAUGGGUUUGUACCAGGGAAUGAAGAGGAGCCUCAAGGACCAGAAGAAACUAUAACUUUCUAUGAAAUUGAAGGAGAGGAUGACACAGCUUUUCCUACUUUACCAAGCCAGGGUAGCCCUGCUCCCAUUGUCCAUGGUCCAGGAGGAUUUUGGGUAGCAAGGAGAGGCCCAAACUCUGUUCCACCUAACAAGCAGACCCUAAAUUCCUCAGAGGAGGAAGAAGAAACAAGUGAAAAUGGGAAAUUUCAUGAAGAAUAUAUCUAUGCACCUCCAGAUCCUGACUGUGAAACUGCAACAGUAUUUAGUUCAGCAGAACCUACAGCAAACUUGGUGAUGGUGAACUCUGCAGCAAUCUCAACCUCAACAGGUGUUUAUGCUGCUCCAGCUGCAGGCUUCUCCUCAAAUUCUGCUGCCUCCACUCCAGCCAGUGUCACAACAGCAGCUCCCCCACAAACAGCAGUUCAGCCAGUCAUAGUAUCUCCCCUUUCUAUAGGGAGGCCAGCAGUUUCUUCAGUGCCAUUCCCAGUUUAUUCAGCUCCUCUUCCUCCAGUCAGUGAGGUGGGAGAAGCUGGUGCCGUUCUUCCACCUUACUCUUGUGAUCCCAGUGGCAGUGAUCUGCCUCGAGAUACAAAGGUCUUGCGGUAUUAUUUUAAUCUGGGAUUGCAAUAUUAUCAUCAGAGCUAUUGGCCUUCCAUGGUGUAUGUACAGCCCGUGCUGCCACCAUCACCUGUGGAAGUUUAUCCAGCAUAUGCUGAGCCAGCUCCUGUCCUAGAUCAGUCAGUCCCUCAGCUCUACACCGAUGCUGGGCGAACUGAAGUCCACCAGGUUCCCUUGGAAGCACCUGCAAAUGGUAACUUUCAAAAUGCAGAGCCUCCGCCCCUGUCCUACGGGCCAGUAUAUUACCCAGUCAUGUCGGACGCCUUCAGCCAGCAGUCUCUUCCUGGGUUUGAUUCUUUAGUACCUGCCUAUCGCUAUGUUAGUACCUGGCAUCCAGUAAAUCCACCAUAUGGAAAUUCUCCACAAAUUGCUAAUGCUGUAAGUUCUGGACCACUGCACCAAGUCGGCUAUAUUGCCUCACCUAACCCUGCACCUCAUGAUGUGCCUCAAGGAAUGUAA